AUGGCUGCUUCGGAUUCAUCAAGCUCUUCCACUGAAACUGAAGUUGAAACAAACCCUAGCCCUGAUCCUAAUUCUUCAAAAGCUAUAACCCCAAAUCUUCAUAUUUUCAAUCCCCCCGCCGUAUGUCUCUUCAAAUUCGCAGGAGACUCCGCCGCUGGUGCCUUAAUGGGCUCCAUCAUCGGUUACGGUUCAGGAUUGAUUAAGAAGAAGGACUUCAAAAGCUCCUUUGUGGUGGCAGGUUCUCAUGCCAAGACAUUUGCAGUUUUAUCGGGCGUAUACAGUUUGGUCGUUUGCUUUUUAAAGAGGCUGCGGGGAAAAGAUGACGUUAUUAAUGCUGGCAUAGCUGGAUGUUACACUGGACUUGCUCUAUGUUUCCCUGGUACACCACAGACACUUCUACAGAGCUGUCUCACAUUUGGGGCAUUAUCAUUUAUCCUCGAAGGGCUUAACAAGCAGCAACCAGCAGCACUGGCACAUUCAUUUUCUGUGAGAAACAAGAACAAAACUCACCCUUUGGCACUCCCUAUUUCACUCCCUCUUCCAGAUGAGCUCAAAGGACCUUUUUCUUCUUUCUGCAAAUCCUUAGUAAAACCAAAUAAAGGCAGCUCUAGGUCAGCUAACUGAUGUGGGGUGCCAUUUUUAUGUUUUUUGUUUUCUGUAUAUCGUUGCGAGUGCGAGUGCGAGUGAUGAGACUGUACACGCAAAGUUUUGUUGCAUAAAUAUGAAACUGUUUCUUUUAUGUUGC